CAGAAGGUCAUUAGAAUCUGGCAGCAUUCUCUACCACCGCUCCUACCAUCACCAGUCUAAUUUCUACGCUCUUUCAGAAUCAUGUCGUCGUACCAGGCUCAGAACGCAAAGGACUCGGCUGCUCAGACCGCCGAGCACACCAAGAACGUUGGCGCGGAGAAGGCCGGGCAGGCCCAGGAUCACGCUGAGGGAAUGGGUCAAGCUGCCAAGGACAAGGCCAACGAGGCGAGCAACUUCGCGUCUGAGAAGGCCAACCAAGCAGGCCAGGCCACGUCGGACACAGCCCAGGCUGCCAAGGACAAGGCCGUCGAAGGCAAGGACAAGACCGGCAACGUUCUCCAACAGACCGGAGACAAGGUGAUGGAAACUCUCACCAAUGCGAAGGACGCCGUCAUGGGGAACAACAAGUAGAUCAUAGGCAUCAAUAGCGAGGGGGUAGAAUAUAAGCUCCCUAUAAGACUUAAUAGUUCAUCAUAAUUUUCUUGUACAGAAUUUUUGUUAGGAGAUCAAGAAGGGAGCGCGUUGCAGAAGCUCUUAGAUUCUGUAGCCGCCGCUCGAGGAGGUGUCUCUAUGCGGGCUAUGAUAAUAUGCGUGCAAUGAAACUGAAGUUCACAUUCAGAGAGAGUUCUUAGUUGUGAAAUUUGUAAACCAUUACAAUUAAUGAUUUUACU